UUACAAAAAGCAAAAUGCCAGGACCAGGACCACAUCACCCAGAGCCACACAAGCCACAGGAUCCUCAUCAUCCAACUGGACAUGUGGAUCCCAAACAUCCACCAGGACAUCAGCCUGGACAUCAUCCACACUAAAGCAAAAACAUAUGGAAUACCAAAGAAUUUCUAUUAUCCAAUUUGGGCCUAUGUAAUUUUCUUUGUAUUUCAAAUCAAAUUAUUUUUUUGUUCACAUAAUUAUUAAACAAAAUUUAUCUGUGUGAAAAUGAUGAAACACAAUUUAUUGUGGGACACCUUGCAGGCAGUCGAGCAGGUGGAAGUGGCAUUUGAGCAAACACUGAAGACCAUCGAUGAUAUUAAUCAUCGUUACAAAUUGGUAUCGGCCUUCAAGAGAUUGGCCAACAAGCGACAGCAAUCGUAUGAAGCGGAAAUACAGGCGGCCAUUACCGGUCCCUUGGUCAAGCUUCCGCCUCUGUACGCCUACACUAAGAUCUCCACAGCCCCUCAAGGUAGUCGCAAAAAGAAAUAUAGAAAGCGCAAAAGCAACGUACGGCCAAAAAAACUAGACAAAUCCUUCACUCAUAAGAUAGCGACGCCACAUUCUUCCUCUGGUUCUGCUACUCCAGCAUCAACUCUCCGUCAACUGGACAUGGAGAUGCCAGAAAAUGUUGCUUGGACCAACGGCAUGUAUGAGUUUGAGCAACAAUCAGAACGGAUUGGCAGGACCAAAGGGAAUCAAUCGUAUCGCAAUCGUAUACGUAGAUUGCAUGAGGCGGCACAAAAGAAAUUAGAGCAAGAGCAAUAUGAGAACAACAAUGGGCAUGGCAGGCAAAUUAUGCAAUCGGAGCAAGGGCAAAUAGAGGAUUUUAGUGAUCAGAAUGAAGAAUUAUUACCUUGCAAUGUCCAUUGCAGUUCUUCGUGGCCUUGUCAAUGUGAAUAUUUUUAAGAUUAAAUUGAACAAGUUUUUUUACCUA